AUGUUGCAGCAUGCCAACGUAUUCUCUGCCAGGGAGGAGCAAGGGCAAUUGGCAACACAACGCCAUCAAGAACGUGCUUACAUUGAGGAGCAAGCUCAUGUUCCAAGACGUUGCGGAGGAUAUGCAAUUUCAGCAAAACUUGUACAACGUACUGCCAUCCACAAGGCAUUUGAAUACUUUCAAGACGAAACCUGGGACUUUGGCUACAAAUCGGGCAAACGAAUAGACAGUGCAGCUCUCAAACGGAGUUUGAAUGAAGUGAGAGAUAUAACUGGUUAUGAUGUUCCUUGGCGACAGUUUCGUGAUUGGCUGACAUACUAUCUUCAGUUUGGCCAUCUCCCAUCUCGAAAGAAAGCUUGGAAGGGAGAGCAAGGCCGAUCAAAGCGAUUGACGACAAAGAUUUGCUCAUGA